AUGAACCUUGAUGAGUUUCUGAAGAAUGUUUGGAGUACCGAAGCUAAUCAACGAAUCAACAAUGGCUCUUCCUCUGAUUACUCCGAAGUCAUCCAACUUGCUUCUACUUCAUCUUUGCCUAGACAGUUAAGCCUUACAUUCACCAAGGAUUUAACCAAGAAUAUAGUCGAUGAGGUCUUGCAAGAUAUGCAACAAGACCAAAAGAAAAAGAAGACGAAUUGCAGUGAGAGUAACAUUAAUAAUACUAGUAGUUGUAAGAGACAAGCUACUCUUGGUGAGAUGACACUCGAGGACUUUUUAGUCAAGGAAAGGAUCGUCUCCGAAUCUUCUUCUCUUGGUAAGAAAACCCAUGAGCAGAAUCUUGAUCCACCAGAAGUAUAG